CAGUCCUCUAGGUCUCCUCUCCUCUUGCCUCAGAGAAGCAGCGGAGCUCGGGCCCCGCGGUGAGCGGCCCUCCCCUCCCCGCCGUUCCCUCCUCCGUCAGCCCCCGGCACCGGCCCGGGAGGAGACGGGUUUGCCAGGCCUGGGGCGGGCGGGGAGGCCUCGGGGAAGGGGGGGCCCGCUCCUCAGGCGCCGAGGCUCCGAGGCUCCGGCCCUUCGCCUCUGGGCGAUGGGCGACCUGUGAGGCCGGUCCCCAUCGCUGGGGGCGCGUGUGGGAGGAGGCGGCCGCCCGAGUGACCGGGAGCCGGGCCGCGGCCUUCCCUCGCCCGCCUCGGCCCCUCCCACUCCUCUGCCCCGGGGCUGCCACCGCCUGGGCAUCGGACCUGGUCCCGUGCUCGCGGUGCCGCCGCCCUCUGGGCCUAGCCCGCCCAGCUCGGCGAGCGGCGGCAGUGGGAGCCGCAUCCGCCCCGACUCGGUGCCGGCCCCUGGCCCUCCCCUCAUGACUGCGGCGCCUCUGCUGCCACCGCCCGCCCGGCCGCCGCUCGCCGCAGGAUGGAUGCGGACCGUGCGGCGCUAACCCCCGUGGCUGCGCUCCCGAAUCGCCCGCCUUCGAGCCCUCCUCGUGAGCCGCAGCAGCCUCGGUGCCAGCAGCCGCCGCAGCUGGGCCCAGCGGUCCGCCUGCCCCUCGUUGCGGCUUGUCAGUGCUGAGUGAGGCGUCGUCCGGGUCGGCGCGAACCCGCCCGGCCGCGGUGCCCUGCAGCCCUCUGCGCGGGCGGCUCGGCCCUUCACGCCCUUUUCAUUGACAAAUCCGAGCCCGCUCGCCCCUCUCCAGCGAACCGACCAUGUCUGGCGGCGCCGCAGAGAAGCAGAGCGGCACUCCCGGUUCCCUGUUCCUCUCGCCGCCGGCUCCUGCCCCCAAGAAUGGCUCCAGCUCCGAUUCCUCCGUGGGGGAGAAGCUGGGAGCCGCGGCCGCCGACGCUGUGGCCGGCAGGACCGAGGAGUACAGGCGCCGCCGCCACACUAUGGACAAGGACACCCGUGGGGCGGCCGCGACCACUACCACCACUGAGCACCGCUUCUUCCGCCGGAGUGUCAUCUGCGACUCCAAUGCCACUGCACUGGAGCUUCCCGGCCUUCCUCUUUCCCUCCCCCAGCCCAGCAUCCCCGCGGCUGUCCCGCAGAGUGCUCCACCGGAGCCCCACCGGGAAGAGACCGUGACCGCCACCGCCACUUCCCAGGUAGCCCAGCAGCCUCCAGCCGCUGCCGCCCCUGGGGAACAGGCCGUCGCGGGCCCUGCCCCCUCGACUGUCCCCAGCAGUACCAGCAAAGACCGCCCAGUGUCCCAGCCUAGCCUUGUGGGGAGCAAAGAGGAGCCGCCGCCGGCGAGAAGUGGCAGCGGCGGCGGCAGCGCCAAGGAGCCGCAGGAGGAACGGAGCCAGCAGCAGGAUGAUAUCGAAGAGCUGGAGACCAAGGCCGUGGGAAUGUCUAACGAUGGCCGCUUUCUCAAGUUUGACAUCGAAAUCGGCAGAGGCUCCUUUAAGACGGUCUACAAAGGUCUAGACACUGAAACCACCGUGGAAGUCGCCUGGUGUGAACUGCAGGAUCGAAAAUUAACAAAGUCUGAGAGGCAGAGAUUUAAAGAAGAAGCUGAAAUGUUAAAAGGUCUUCAGCAUCCCAAUAUUGUUAGAUUUUAUGAUUCCUGGGAAUCCACAGUAAAAGGAAAGAAGUGCAUUGUUUUGGUGACUGAACUUAUGACAUCUGGAACACUUAAAACGUAUCUGAAAAGGUUUAAAGUGAUGAAGAUCAAAGUCCUAAGAAGCUGGUGCCGUCAGAUCCUUAAAGGACUUCAGUUUCUUCAUACUCGAACUCCACCUAUCAUUCACCGUGAUCUUAAAUGUGACAACAUCUUUAUCACCGGCCCUACUGGCUCAGUCAAGAUUGGAGACCUUGGUCUGGCAACCCUGAAGCGGGCUUCUUUUGCCAAGAGUGUGAUAGGUACCCCAGAGUUCAUGGCCCCUGAGAUGUAUGAGGAGAAAUAUGAUGAAUCCGUUGACGUUUAUGCUUUUGGGAUGUGCAUGCUUGAGAUGGCUACAUCUGAAUAUCCUUACUCGGAGUGCCAAAAUGCUGCGCAGAUCUACCGUCGCGUGACCAGUGGGGUGAAGCCAGCCAGUUUUGACAAAGUAGCAAUUCCUGAAGUGAAGGAAAUCAUUGAAGGAUGCAUACGACAAAACAAAGAUGAAAGAUAUUCCAUCAAAGACCUUUUGAACCAUGCCUUCUUCCAAGAGGAAACAGGAGUACGGGUAGAAUUAGCAGAAGAAGACGAUGGAGAAAAAAUAGCCAUAAAAUUAUGGCUACGUAUUGAAGAUAUUAAGAAAUUAAAGGGAAAAUACAAAGAUAAUGAAGCUAUUGAGUUUUCUUUUGAUUUAGAGAGAGAUGUCCCAGAAGAUGUUGCUCAAGAAAUGGUAGAGUCUGGGUAUGUCUGUGAAGGUGAUCACAAGACCAUGGCUAAAGCUAUCAAAGACAGAGUAUCAUUAAUUAAGAGGAAACGAGAGCAGCGGCAGUUGGUACGGGAGGAGCAAGAAAAAAAAAAGCAGGAAGAGAGCAGUCUCAAACAGCAGGUAGAACAAUCCAGUGCUUCCCAGACAGGAAUCAAGCAGCUCCCUUCUGCUAGCACCGGCAUACCUACAGCUUCUACCACUUCAGCUUCAGUUUCUACACAAGUAGAACCUGAAGAACCUGAGGCAGAUCAACAUCAACAACUACAGUACCAGCAACCCAGUGUAUCUGUGUUAUCUGAUGGGACAGUUGACAGUGGUCAGGGAUCCUCUGUCUUCACAGAAUCUCGAGUGAGCAGCCAACAGACAGUUUCAUAUGGUUCCCAGCAUGAACAGGCACAUUCUACAGGCACAGUCCCAGGGCAUAUACCUUCUACUGUCCAAGCACAGUCUCAGCCCCAUGGGGUAUAUCCACCCUCAAGUGUGCCUCAGUCCAUGGCGCAUCCGUGUGGGGGGACCCCAACAUACCCAGAAUCACAGAUAUUUUUCCCAACUAUUCAUGAACGUCCAGUUUCUUUUUCACCACCUCCCACCUGCCCACCGAAAGUAGCCAUUUCCCAGCGGCGUAAGAGCACCUCCUUCCUGGAAGCCCAAACUCACCACCUCCAACCCCUGCUGAGGACUGUUGGCCAAAGUCUUCUUCCACCUGGUGGCAGCCCAACUAACUGGACACCAGAGGCCGUAGUUAUGUUGGGUACUACAGCCAGUAGAGUAACUGGAGAGUCAUGUGAGAUACAGGUCCAUCCUAUGUUUGAACCAUCUCAAGUUUACAGUGACUAUAGACCUGGACUAGUACUUCCAGAAGAAGCUCACUAUUUUAUUCCUCAGGAAGCAGUGUAUGUAGCUGGGGUACAUUACCAGGCCCGGGUGGCAGAACAGUAUGAGGGCAUUCCAUACAACUCAUCAGUACUGUCAAGUCCUGUGAAACAGAUACCUGAACAGAAGCCAGUACAAGGGGGCCCUACUUCAAGUUCUGUCUUUGAAUUUCCAUCUGGACAGGCUUUCCUGGUAGGACAUCUUCAGAAUCUAAGAUUAGAUUCUGGAUUGAGUCCAGGAUCUCCCCUCUCUAGUAUUUCUGCACCUAUCAGUACAGAUGCUACACGUUUGAAAUUUCACCCUGUCUUUGUUCCUCAUUCUGCGCCUGCUGUGUUAACUCAUAACAAUGAGAGCAGAAGCAACUGUGUAUUUGAAUUUCAUGUUCACACACCAAGCUCCUCUUCAGGAGAAGGAGGUGGAAUUUUACCUCAGCGUGUUUACCGAAAUCGGCAGGUUGCAGUGGACUUGAAUCAAGAAGAACUGCCUCCUCAAUCAGUUGGAUUAUAUGGCUACUUGCAGCCUGUGACUGAAGAAAAGCAUAAUUACCAUGCCCCAGAAUUGACCGUUUCUGUGGUAGAGCCUAUCGGACAGAACUGGCCAAUAGGAAGCCCAGAAUAUUCCAGUGAUUCCUCACAAAUCACUUCUUCAGACCCCAGUGAUUUUCAGUCACCUCCCCCUACAGGGGGAGCAGCUGCAUCUUUUGGCUCUGACGUCUCAUUGCCCUUUAUCCAUCUGCCUCAGACAGUGUUACAAGAAUCCCCACUUUUCUUCUGUUUCCCCCAAGGAACCACAUCUCAGCAGGUCUUAACUGCCUCAUUUUCUUCAGGAGGAUCUGCACUUCAUCCACAGGCACAGGGGCAGAGCCAGGGUCAGCCAUCCUCAAGUAGCUUAACAGGGGUUUCAUCUUCCCAAUCCAUACAACAUCCUCAGCAGCAGCAGGGAAUACAGCAGACAGCCCCUCCUCAACAGACAGUGCAGUAUUCACUUUCACAGACAUCAACCUCCAGUGAGGCCACUACUGCACAGCCAGUGAGUCAACCUCAAGCUCCACAAGUCUUGCCUCAAGUAUCAGCUGGAAAACAGCUUCCAGUUUCCCAGCCAGUACCAACUAUCCAAGGCGAACCUCAGAUCCCAGUUGCGACACAACCCUCGGUUGUUCCAGUCCACUCUGGUGCUCAUUUCCUUCCAGUGGGACAGCCGCUCCCUACUUCCUUGCUCCCUCAGUACCCUGUCUCUCAAAUUCCCAUAUCAACUCCUCAUGUGUCUACGGCUCAGACAGGUUUCUCAUCCCUUCCCAUCACAAUGGCAGCUGGCAUUACUCAGCCUCUGCUCACGUUGGCUUCAUCUGCUACAACAGCUGCGAUCCCGGGGGUAUCAACUGUGGUUCCUAGUCAGCUUCCAACCCUUCUGCAGCCUGUGACUCAGCUGCCAAGUCAGGUUCACCCACAGCUCCUACAACCAGCAGUUCAGUCCAUGGGAAUACCAGCUAACCUUGGACAAGCUGCUGAGGUUCCACUUUCCUCUGGAGAUGUUCUGUACCAGGGCUUCCCACCUCGACUGCCACCACAGUACCCAGGAGAUUCAAAUAUUGCUCCCUCUUCCCACGUGGCUUCUGUUUGCACCCACCCUACAGUCCUGUCCCCUCCCAUGCCGACAGAAGCACUGGCUGCACCUGGGCACUUUCCCACGGUGGCGCAGCCUUAUGUGGAAUCAAAUCUUUUAGUUCCUAUGGGUGCUGUAGGAGGACAGGUUCAAGUGUCCCAGCCAGGAGUGAGUUUAGCACAAGCCCCCACUACAUCCUCCCAGCAAGCAGUUUUGGAGAGUACUCAGGGAGUCUCUCAGGUUGCUCCUACAGAGCCAGUUCCAGUAGCACAGCCACAACCUACCCAGCCGACCACUUUGGCUUCCUCUAUAGACAGUGCACAUUCAGAUGUUGCUUCAGGUAUGAGUGAUGGCAAUGAGAAUGUCCCAUCUUCCAGUGGAAGGCAUGAAGGAAGAACUACAAAACGGCAUUACCGAAAAUCUGUAAGGAGUCGCUCUCGACAUGAAAAAACUUCACGCCCAAAAUUAAGAAUUUUGAAUGUUUCAAAUAAAGGAGACCGAGUAGUAGAAUGUCAAUUAGAGACUCAUAAUAGGAAAAUGGUUACAUUCAAAUUUGACCUAGAUGGUGACAACCCCGAGGAGAUAGCAACAAUUAUGGUGAACAAUGACUUUAUUCUAGCAAUAGAGAGAGAGUCAUUUGUGGAUCAAGUGCGAGAAAUUAUUGAAAAAGCUGAUGAAAUGCUCAGUGAGAAUGUCAGUGUGGAACCAGAGGGUGACCAGGGAUUGGAGAGUCUACAAGGAAAGGAUGACUAUGGCUUUUCAGGUUCUCAGAAAUUGGAAGGAGAGUUCAAACAACCAAUUCCUGCGUCUUCCAUGCCACAGCAAAUAGGCAUUCCCACCAGUUCUUUAACUCAAGUCGUUCAUUCUGCUGGAAGACGGUUCAUAGUGAGUCCUGUGCCAGAAAGCCGAUUACGAGAAUCAAAAGUUUUCCCCAGUGAAAUAACAGAUACAGUUGCUGCCUCUACAUCUCAGAGCCCUGGAAUGAACUUGUCUCACUCUGCAUCAUCCCUUAGUCUACAACAGGCCUUUUCUGAACUUAGACGUACCCAAAUGACAGAAGGACCCAAUACAGCACCUCCAAACUUUAGUCAUACAGGACCAACAUUUCCAGUAGUACCUCCUUUCUUAAGUAGCAUUGCUGGAGUCCCAACCACAGCAGCAGCCACAGUACCAGUCACUGCAACAAGCAGCCCUCCUAAUGACAUUUCCACAUCAGUAAUUCAGUCUGAGGUUACAGUGCCCACUGAAGAGGGGAUUGCUGGAGUUGCCACCAGCACGGGUGUGGCAACUUCAGGUGGUCUCCCCAUACCACCUGUGUCUGAAUCACCAGUACUUUCCAGUGUAGUUUCAAGUAUCACAAUACCUGCAGUUGUCUCAAUAUCUGCUACAUCCCCGUCACUUCAAGUCCCCACAUCCACAUCUGAGAACAUUGUUUCUAGUACAGCACUGUAUCCUUCAGUAACAGUUUCAGCAACUUCAGCCUCUGCAGGGGGCAGUACUGCUACCCCAGGUCCUAAGCCUCCAGCUGUAGUAUCUCAGCAGGCAGCAGGCAGCACUACUGUGGGAGCCACAUUAACAUCAGUUUCUACCACCACUUCAUUCCCAAGCACAGCUUCACAGCUGUCCAUUCAGCUUAGCAGCAGUACUUCUACUCCUACUUUAGCUGAAACCGUGGUAGUUAGCGCACACUCACUAGAUAAGACAUCUCAUAGCAGUACAACUGGAUUGGCUUUCUGCCUCUCUGCACCAUCUUCCUCUUCCUCUCCUGGAGCAGGAGUGUCUAGUUCUGUUUCUCAGCCUGGUGGGCUGCAUCCUUUGGUCAUUCCAUCAGUGAUAGCUUCUACUCCUAUUCUUCCCCAAGCAGCAGGACCUACUUCUACACCUUUAUUACCCCAAGUACCUAGUAUCCCACCCUUGGUACAACCUGUUGCCAAUGUGCCUGCUGUACAGCAGACACUAAUUCAUAGUCAGCCUCAACCAGCUUUGCUUCCCAACCAGCCACAUACUCAUUGUCCUGAAAUAGAUUCUGAUACACAACCCAAAGCUCCUGGAAUUGAUGACAUAAAGACUCUAGAAGAAAAGCUGCGGUCUCUCUUCAGUGAACACAGCUCAUCUGGAGCUCAGCAUGCCUCUGUCUCACUGGAGACCUCACUAGUCAUAGAGAGCACUGUCACACCAGGCAUCCCAACUACUGCUGUUGCACCAAGCAAACUCCUGACUUCUGCCACAAGUACUUGCUUACCACCAACCAAUUUACCACUAGGAACAGUUGCUUUGCCAGUUACACCAGUGGUUACACCUGGGCAAGUUUCUACCCCAGUCAGCACUACUACAUCAGGACUGAAACCUGGAACUGCUCCCUCAAAGCCACCUCUAACCAAGGCUCCGGUGCUGCCAGUGGGUACUGAACUUCCAGCAGGUACUCUACCCAGCGAGCAGCUGCCACCUUUUCCAGGACCUUCUCUAACCCAGUCCCAGCAACCUCUAGAGGAUCUUGAUGCUCAAUUGAGAAGAACACUUAGUCCAGAGAUUAUCACAGUGACUUCUGCGGUUGGUCCUGUACCCGUGGUGGCUCCAACAGCAAUUACAGAAGCAGGAGCACAGCCUCAGAAGGAUGUUUCUCAAGUCAAAGAAGGCCCUGUCCUAGCAACUAGUUCAGGAGCUGGUGUUUUUAAGAUGGGACGAUUUCAGGUUUCAGUUGCAGCAGACGAUGCCCAGAAAGAGGGUAAAAAUAAGUCAGAAGAUGCAAAGUCUGUUCAUUUUGAAUCCAGCACUUCAGAGUCCUCGGUGCUAUCAAGUAGUAGUCCAGAGAGUACCUUGGUGAAACCAGAGCCGAAUGGGAUAACCAUCCCUGGUAUCUCUUCAGAUGUGCCAGAGAGUGCUCACAAAACUACUGCCUCAGAGGCAAAGUCAGACACUGGGCAGCCUACCAAGGUUGGACGUUUUCAGGUGACAACUACAGCAAAGAAAGUGGGUCGUUUCUCUGUAUCAAAAACUGAGGACAAGAUCACUGACACAAAGAAAGAAGGACCAGUGGCAUCUCCUCCUUUUAUGGAUUUGGAACAAGCUGUUCUUCCUGCUGUGAUACCAAAGAAAGAAAAGCCUGAACUGUCAGAGCCUUCACAUCUAAAUGGGCCAUCUUCUGACCUGGAGGCCGCUUUUUUAAGUAGGGAUGUGGAUGAUGGUUCAGGUAGUCCACACUCCCCCCAUCAACUGAGCUCAAAGAGCCUUCCUAUCCAGAAUCUAAGUCAAAGCCUUAGUAAUUCAUUUAACUCCUCUUACAUGAGUAGUGACAAUGAGUCAGAUAUCGAAGAUGAAGACUUAAAGUUAGAGCUGCGACGACUACGAGAUAAACAUCUCAAAGAGAUUCAGGACCUGCAGAGUCGCCAGAAGCAUGAAAUUGAAUCUUUAUAUACCAAACUGGGCAAGGUGCCCCCUGCUGUUAUUAUUCCCCCAGCUGCUCCCCUUUCAGGGAGAAGACGACGACCCACUAAAAGCAAAGGAAGCAAAUCUAGUCGAAGCAGUUCCUUGGGGAAUAAAAGCCCCCAGCUUUCAGGUAACCUGUCUGGUCAGAGUGCAGCUUCAGUCUUGCACCCCCAGCAGACCCUCCACCCUCCUGGCAACAUCCCAGAGUCCGGGCAGAAUCAGCUGUUACAGCCCCUUAAGCCAUCUCCCUCCAGUGACAACCUCUAUUCAGCCUUCACCAGUGAUGGUGCCAUUUCAGUACCAAGCCUUUCUGCUCCAGGCCAAGGCUGUGCGAAGUUUAACUGUGCAUCUGAACAGGUGACAUUCAAACCUGGUGGCAGGAGGACCCGAUUUCUGAGUACGCCCUGCUUGGCUCUUUGGAAGAUGGUGAAAAAAGUCUGUCCUUGCAACCAGCUCUGUAGGACCAGCAGCACAAACACUGUUGGGGCAACAGUGAACAGCCAAGCCGCCCAGUCUCAGCCUCCUGCCAUGACGUCCAGCAGGAAGGGUACAUUCACAGAUGACUUGCACAAGUUGGUAGACAAUUGGGCCCGAGAUGCCAUGAAUCUCUCAGGCAGGAGAGGAAGCAGAGGGCACACAAAUUAUGAGGGCCCUGGAAUGGCAAGGAAGUUCUCUGCACCUGGGCAACUGUGCAUCUCCAUGACCUCAAACCUGGGUGGCUCUGCCCCCAUCUCUGCAGCAUCAGCUACCUCUCUAGGUCACUUCACCAAGUCUAUGUGCCCCCCACAGCAGUAUGGCUUUCCAGCUACCCCAUUUGGCGCUCAGUGGAGUGGGACGGGUGGCCCAGCACCACAGCCACUUGGCCAGUUCCAACCUGUGGGAACUGCCUCCUUGCAGAAUUUCAACAUCAGCAAUUUGCAGAAAUCCAUCAGCAACCCCCCAGGCUCCAACCUGCGGACCACUUAGACCUAGAGACAUUAACUGAAUAGAUCUGGGGGCAGGAGAUGGAAUGCUGAGGGGGUGGGUGGGGGGUGGGAAGUAGCCUAUAUACUAACUACUAGUGCUGCAUUUAACUGGUUAUUUCUUGCCAGAGGGGAAUGUUUUUAAUACUGCAUUGAGCCCUCAGAAUGGAGAGUCUCCCCCACUCCAGUUAUUGGAGUGGGAGAGGAAGGAAAGAACAGCUUUUUUGUAAAGGGGCAGCUUCAGACCAUGCUUUCCCGUUUAUCUAUGCUCAGUAAUGAGGAUGAGGGCUAGGAAAGUCUUUUUCACAAGGAAGCUAGAGAACUCAAUGUAAAAUCAAACCCAUCUGUAAUUUCGAGUGGGUGGAGCUCUUGAUUUUGGUACAUGCCCCAAAUCCCUUACUCCCUCAAGAAUCUGAACCACAAGACAAAACAACCUGUUGGGCUCUCUCCUACCCUGCCCUAACCCUUUUUUUACCCCUCUCUUUUUUAUUUUGUUUUUCUUUGCUCUUUAGAACCCAGUGAAAAAUGCCAGGGGACUGGGGUGCAACUCUUUCUUAUGAUAGGUCAUUAGUGCUUUAAGCAAAAGAUAUUAGCAGCUUUGACUGCAGCAUUAGCAAUUAGGAAAAAAAAAUAAGUUCCCUGCGGACAUGUAACUUUGCCAUCAGUUUUGAUGUGGAAACACUGUGAUAUAUAAAAUGUUGUUGGACAACAGUAGUUUUAAGAGUAAAAUAUGAAACGUUUAAAAAGUUCCAAAAAAAAGCUAGCUCUGUCCUUUACUUAUUGAGACACUUUAACUUUUUCCUUUGUAUUUCCAUUGUAUUAGAUAAAUAAAUGUGAAUGUAAAAUUGUAUAAAUUACUGUACUUGAAUACUUCUGUUUCCCAGUGUUGCUUGCUGGACAUUUUAGUGCCUUGGACUUCUAUUGCUUCUGCCAUUAGCAUCGACUUAUCAGACCCCAGAUCAAUAAAGGGCAUGCGGAAGGGAAUCUUAGGUCCGUGUGACCCCAGCAGUCCAGCAGUGGUUAUGCCAAAGGGAAAUUGAAAAAGUAUUUUUUUAAGUCAUUCAACAACUUUGUCUAGAGCAGGUGUAAGAUGAGUAGGGUGGGAAGUUAAGUUGGCAUCAGUGGUUAAAAACAGAAAGUUCUGUUUCAGGAAUAGUGAGGAGGGGGUGUUGUAACAAAAUUGGGCAACUUGAAAGAAUGGUUCAUGCUGGGUGAAAGACAAAGACUAAAGAAUGAGGAAACAAACGUGAUGCCUGGCCAGUGACUGUCAUAGAAACCUUUCUUAUUUGAGCUAGGCUUGAACAGACGUGACCUAGAAGAAAUUGAACAUAAAGAGAAGGGGGUGGGGGCUAGUUUUCAAGUUGGGGAACCUGAUAGUGAAAAGUCACAGAUGGAGAAAGUUGCUCUCAGAAAAACUGUUUGGAUUGCUUUCCUCUUGUUGCACAUGUACCGUGCAUUUCUCAGCUCGGGGUACUAUAUUUUGUGGAAAGUGAAUCUUUCCACAUCUGAAUUAAUCAUUAUAGGAAAGAAUACUUAUUCCUACUCGUUUCCUUUAUGAUGUCCAAUGGUUGCAGGAUCAUAAUCUGUUGUGCCACCUUUAUUUCCAGAAGUACAACUAAUAUGUUCACAUUUUCAAAUAAAUACUCCCCGUAAGUAAUAACUGCAACCAAUCAGUGUUAUUUAGUGCUAUGCCUACUUGUAAUGGGUAGUUAUUAUUUUCAGAGCUUUCCGGAAAUACUGUCCUAACUGGCUAUGUUUAGGAUCUUUGUUAUCUCUGAAGACAAAGAAGCUAGGACUCUUCAUUUUGGGGUGCUUCUUGACUCUUAGUUGGGAAACUGAAAAUAUUUCCAACCUUUUACCCACGUCAAUGGCGUAUUCCGGGAAUCACCACCACCAACACCGCCACAGAAAGAGGCUGGAGGCUCCCGUACCCUGUUCAUUCCUUAAGGGCCCUGCUUCCCUUAGUAAGUUGGUCUACGGCCCUAAAUAUGCAAAUGAGAGCUGAAGGUUUUUAAAAGGUAGAAAGGAAAAGGGCAAGGGCUUCAACCCCUGCUUUAAAAUGAUUUAUUUAUUCUCUGCUUGUAUUUCUUGUGGAGAGAGUAAGGAUAGAACUAACAAGGGGCCGAGUAGCUGAGAAAGGGGCCACCCAAGAGUGAAACAUACUUUAUACCAGAGGAGCAGUGGAGCCUCAUGCAGCACAUUAUCAUUUGUUAUUUGGGUUUAAUAAUUUUGACAUCUUUUCACUCAUACACAAAAAGAACUGGUUUUAUUUACUGUUGAUUUCAUCCUCCUGUGGAUGAAAUAACUGAAGCCUAGAGGAAUGAACUAGUGCUACUGAACUGUUUGUUUAAAUUAUUUUUGUGUUAAUAGUACACUUUGAGUAUCUUUUUCCACAUUAAAAACUUUCUGAAUUAUAAAUGUUUUCCUUACAUUAUUUAACAAUGUACACUGUUUAAAAAUAAAAAUAAAAAUUCAAACUUUGGGGGUUUCUCAGCAGCCGUUAAUUGUACAUUUUGCACUAACUCUGGGUGUUGCGCUUCUUGUAAGAUUGCGCUUUGUGCUUCAGUUUGUUACCUUUGUAGACUUAUUUAAUGAAACCAUUCAAAUAAACCAAACUUGCUUUUGUUGA